CCGCCUCUCCUGUGUCGGGUCACCUCCCGACUUCCGUCCGUCGAAAGAAAUCCUCUCUUUUCUCGCCCCUCUCCCCCUCGCUAUCUUCCUUCGCUCCCCAUCGUCCCGCUCCCGGCGUCCUUUCUCUCCUCUCCUCUACUUGUCUCCUCCAAUCGCCGCCUCCGCCGCCGCCCGUUGCGACGCCCGAGGAAUCCUCCCUCCUCUCCUGAUCGAAUCUCACCUUCUUUGUCGUCUCUGGCUUUGGGAUCCGAUCGAUAGAUGUCGUAGAUCUGCUGCCCUCAAUCGCGUCCGGAAGGGGGCUUAUAAGAUCCAAUCCCUGGAAAGCCCCUGGAUCUUGGCUGCGUCGUCCGUGAUCUAAACGGCAUUGGUGGGGGUCUUUCGCGAUGGAUCGGAUCGGUUCUGGUACGGCUUCGGGAGGGGCGCUGAGGUCCUAAUAUGUGGCAACCACACUCAAUUUUCAAUCUUGCAUGCUGAGCUACACCUAUGAUUGGAGUUCCUUUACCUGUCUCUACUAGCCCUAUUCUUCGUCGAGCUGGCAGCAAACCUGUUUUCUCUGACCAAAGAUCUGGUGAAUUAGGAAUCAAUAACGACGAAGGCUUUCUGUUUCCGGCAGAGGUAAAUGAGAUGAAGGGUGGAAGUAUACCAAUGCAUGGUGCUGCGAUAAUGCCAUCUCCAGUCCUCUUAUGGAGAUUCAAGGCAGGGGAACAUAUGGGACGCUAUCUGAAGAUAUACAAACAAUGCGCUGAGGUAUUAUUGUUUCUUGUAUGGGGUAUCAGCUGUUGCAAGAUUGGUUGGGACUCCGUAAUGAGAAUGAGCGCUGAUCUUCGGGAUUUGUUUCUUUAUGAGGCUUUUUUGUAUUAUAAUCCUCUUCUUCUUGUGACAUUGAUGGUUUGGCUUUGGGGAGUUAACCUAUGGGUUUUUGCUCAAUCAUCAGUAAGCUAUGCAAAAGUAUUUGAUCUUGACCAUACCCAUCUUACAUACCGAGAGAUAUGGAAGUGUUCUACUUGGAUGACCAUCAUAGUGCCCACAAGUAUGACAGCUUAUCUUUAUCUCUACUCACAUGGGGAAGUGUCACUGGCCGCAUCACAACCAGUUAUGCUAUAUACUGUUAUGCUGAUGCUUCUCGUAUUUCCAUUUGAUAUUUUUUAUUUGUCAUCUCGCUACUACUUGUUAAGGACUCUUUGGCGUAUAAUACUUCCAUUACAGGCGAUCACAUUUUCUGAUUUUUUCCUGGCUGAUAUUUUAACAUCAAUGUCCAAGGUGUUGUCAGAUUUGGAGCGUUCAGUUUGCCGGAUGGUUAACCGACAGGUUGCAACAAUUGCUUGGUUCGAGGCGGAUUCUAUAUGUGGUAGCCACUCUCUUGCUAUUCCUUUAGUGCUUGUCUUCCCAUAUUUGUGCCGUUUUUUCCAAUGUCUGCGUCAGUACAAGGACACUAAAGAAAAGACAUCCUUUUUAAAUGCUUUAAAAUAUUCGACUGCAGUCCCAGUAAUAUUUCUUUCAGCCCUCAAGUAUCAUGUCUUCCCUAACAAGUGGACCAAUUUUUAUCGCCCUCUCUGGCUUCUUUCUAGUGUCAUAAAUUCAUUGUAUUCUUUCUACUGGGAUAUUGCCCGUGAUUGGGAUUUGAGUGUUUUUACCAGAAUUUUCAAGUUUAAAAAUCCACAUCGUUGCACAAGCCUUCUAUAUGGGCGGAUAUGGGUGUUCUACUGGGUAAUAGGAAGCAACUUAAUUCUUCGAUGCACAUGGACCUACAAACUUUCUGCUCAUCUUCGGCACAACUACCUGACUGUCUUCACAAUAACAGCUCUGGAGAUAUCGCGGCGGUUUCAGUGGAUUUUCUUUCGUGUAGAGAAUGAGUGGAACAAGAUGACUGCCAAGCAAAGUAUCGAACUCUCUACUGAGGAUGUCCCAAAGGAGGAAGACAGACUUCUAGGCCCUGCGAGCCACAGCAUGUAAGCUGUAAAGCAAGGCAGUUUCACAUUUCUUAUACCCAUUAUUUUUUUCAAAAUUUUUUAAAAAGAAAAAUAUUGUGGUCCUCAUAGUUCUCCAUUAUUGUUUUCUUAGCUCAUUUCAUGCGACUGUCCUAAAAUCUCUUCUUUUUAACUGGAGAACAUACAGAUCCAUUUGUAUGAGGUAAAUGGCAUUUAGUGACAUCUUAGGAGAUUAAUAUUCUAUUCUUUCAAUAUAGCAUAUAA